AUGAGUGAAAGUAUUGAUAUAAAUGAUAUAAUCACUCUGAAUAGAAACAUCUAUGGAACUUAAUAGUAGAACAAGGAAAGCAAGAUACUUCAAAAGCCUGCAGAUGAUUCUAGUCUCACUAUUGAUAACAUUUUAAAAGGAAAUCAAGCAUUUUAUGCUCCAGUCUCAGUUAAGGCAGAAUAAAUAAAUGAAAAGAUUGCAGAGGAAUCAGCAGAAGAAAAGACUGACUUCUUUCAAGAGGUGUAAUUAUUAAGUAAAAUCCCUGAAAUAACUUCUCUCAAUUCAAUCUACAAUUAUAAGACAAUUUUUAAGAAUGAUGGAAUCCCUUAUGAUGAGGUAAAAAAUUUAGAUAAAACAAGGAUCAAAAGAAAAGAAAGAGAAUAGAAAGGCAGCGAAACAUCUAUAGCAAAGGAAGCAGUUGUUGUUAAAAAGCAAUAUGUUAGACUUUAUAAAAAUUAAAUCUCAAAAUUAUGUUUUAUCACUCCAAAAAGUUUAUUAUUGACUAGCAAACAUUUGGUGAACAAUACAAAGUGGGAAAAACUCUUAAAUUUACAAGAUUUCGGAGGCUAAAGACCAUCUUUGUCAAUAGUUCAAGAAAAAACAACUGGCCGCUUUUAUAUCUACGAUAAUAAAUUAGGGAAGGUUCAUAUAUAUAGUUCAGAUAUGUUAAUAAAUGACAAUAAGGAUAAGCCACUUGUGUCGUUGAAUUUAAAUGAAGACAAGCCAAGACAAGAUCCACUUCUAUAUUUAAUAGAGUGUGAGCAUGAAUAUUAAUGGAAAAGUGUUUUGCUUGUUAUAGGAGGACAUCAACUUCAAAGGGGAGAAAAGAAGCCUCUGAAAACAAUAAAAGUGUUUGAGAUUAAGCGAAGAGAAGUCACUCUCACUCCUGUUCUAACUAUAACUAUGACUAAAUCAAGAAUGAAUCCAAUCGUAUUUGAUUUAAUUAAAGAUAAAGGAAUUAUUUGGCAAGACAAGGACAACAGAGAUAAAGAAAAGUUUGAUCCUUAGCAUAGAUCAGUUGAUUCUAAAUAUAUAUUUUUUAUGGGUGGCAAUCCUCUAUUGGAAUAUGAAAAAGAAAUAAGUUAAGAAUUAAUUGAAGCUAAUCAAACAUGUGAAUAUGUGAGUUUGAAAUUAGUAUUAGAACAUAUUGCUAGAGCAAAAUUAUUUUUUUAAACUGAUUAAGCUAAUUUGGGAUUGAAUUUUGGUAAAUUUUCCAUUGUUGAUACUCUUACAAUCAAAUAUUAAAACAUUGUAGCUACAUAAAAGGUUUAUAACCAUUUUUAUAAUGCUUCUGUCACCAAAAUGGUAGAUGAAGUCUUUCAAUAAAAGGCAUUAAUAGUAGUGGGAGGAAAUACUUGUUAGACUUUUCAAAUAUAAGCCAUAUCAUUUAAAUUAAAUGAAAUUACUUUGAUUGGUUAUAAUAAACAAAUAUCUAAUCCUUCUCUCAUUCAUUCAGCAAGUAAUUUAAGAUAUUUUGAAAAAAAGGUUUGGUAUUUUGAUGACACAAACAAAAAAGAUCCAAUGGUCCUGAUGAAUAUGGAUUUUAGAAGAGAUAUAAAAACAUCCUGUACUUGUUCAAUCAUGUGA